AUGGCCAUUCUAUCAGCCUAUUCGUCAUUGGCUACCAGCCGGCACUCUCGCCCGAAGCCGUUGUGGGAGACUACAUCUCAAGACGAUGCCAUGUCCUCCGGAGUGUCCAAAUUCCUCUGCAGAGAACGGGCUGGAUUACAGCCACCGGUGUUCGAGCAUCAAUUCUCUCGAAAACGGAAAGAAAUCAAUGACGACGAGGACAAUUUUCCGACAAAAAAAGCCAAGUUUUCGAUUUAUGAAGUUAUGGAACAAGAUAUUCCUGUUGAUAAAGUGCUAGACAUGAUCUCAACCUCUGACCUGAAAGCUAUCGUCAAAACUUUGUUAACUCACAGCGUUGCGGGACCUAUCGUGAAAGAGGAGCUGCUCGCGUCAUCUGAAGAAUCCAUAGUAUACAGUAUUGAGCAAGCAGAAAGAUUGAAACAAUGUAUCAUGAAGGAAUCGGCAGACGCAAUUAAAAAGGUCACUGAAGAGGCGUACGCAUAUGGAGGCAUGGAAGACGGCAGCGCUUGGUCUAACGCACUCUCGGUAUUUUUGCCCCGAAUCAGGGAACUUGCAGACCAAGGCCGUCUUGUUUACGGCCCUGAUCUUGCUUGGGAAGCUCUCCUUCGCGUUGCCAAAAAAUGUAUUCUCCCAAAGCAGGGUGGUGAGAUCAGACUUCGAACAGGAGAAGAAGAUUGUGACGAUUUCCAUAAAGAGGUGGAUGAACUGAUGUUGCAUAUUUGCCACCUCCAGGAGGAUGAUGGAAAUACGGCAUGGCUACAGGAAUUCGCAAGGAAGAAUGAAAUUUGGGACCUGCAGAGCAGUGCAGAACCUCCCCUGGAAUUUCAAGGGCCGGAUUGCAGAUAUCGUUACCAGAAAACUUUGAGGUUCCUGGAGUACUUCGAUACCGAGAAAAUGAUCGUCGACAACUGA